AGGGCCCGGCGAAGCUGGGGAACGUCGGGCAGCCCGAGGACGGCAGCCGACUCGGCCUCCCGCCGGGGCUACGCUCCCACUCGGCCGCGCUCGACGCGGGGGCGCGGGCUACACAUGGGAGCCCAGGGUGCCCAAGAUGCGUGCGCCGGCCAGGGAGCUGUUCCGGGACUCCGCCUUCCCUGCCUCGGACUCCUCGCUCUUCUCCAGCUUCUCCACGCCGCUGGCCCAGUUCCGGGAGGACAUCACGUGGAAGCGGCCCCAGGAAAUUUGUGCCGCGCCCCGGAUGUUUCCAGAUAACCCGCAGGAAGGGCAGGUGAAGCAAGGGCUGCUGGGGGACUGCUGGUUCCUGUGCGCCUGCGCCGCCCUGCAGAAGAGCCGGCACCUCCUGGACCAGGUCAUUCCUCCUGGACAGCCGAGCUGGCUCGACCAGACGUACCGUGGCUCCUUCACCUGUCGAGUUUGGCAGUUUGGACGCUGGGUGGAGGUGACCGUAGAUGACCGUCUGCCUUGUCUUGCAGGGAGACUCUGCUUCUCCCGGUGCCAGAGAGAGGAUGUGUUCUGGCUUCCGUUGCUGGAGAAGGCCUACGCCAAGGUCCACGGGUCCUAUGAGCGCCUGUGGGCGGGGCAGGUGGCGGACGCCCUGGUGGACCUGACCGGCGGCCUGGCAGAGCGGUGGAGCCUGAAGGGCCUGGCCCGCAGCAGCGGCCCGCAGGACGGGCCCGGCGGCCCAGAGCCCCGGACUUGCCGGCAGCUGCUCUGCCUCAAGGAGCGGUGUCCGAUCAGCUGCUCGGUGUUCAGCCCCAGAGCAGGUGCCAGGGAGCUGGGGGAGUUUCACGCCUUCAUCGUCUGGAACCUGCACGAGCUCCGCGGCCGGGCCGGUCAGAGCUUCCUGCUGCUGCGCAUUCAGAACCCCUGGGGCCGGCGGUGCUGGCAGGGGCCCUGGAGAGAGGGGGGCGAAGGGUGGAGCCAGGUGGACCCUGAGGCCUCGCGGGCCCUGCUCUCCCAGCUGCAGGACGGGGAGUUCUGGGUGGAAGAGGAGGAGUUUCUCCGCGAGUUCGACGAGGUCACCGUCGGCUACCCGGUCACGGAGGCCGGCCACCUGCAGAGCCUCCGCUCAGCAAAGGUGCUGAGCCACACGCAGGAGCUGCCGGGCGCCUGGGUGCAGGGACAGUCGGCGGGAGGCUGCCGCAACAACAGCAGCUUUCCCAGCAACCCCAAGUUCUGGCUGCGGGUCGCGGAGCCGAGCGAGGUGUGCGUUGCGGUCCUGCAGGGGCCCCGGAGGCGCGCGGCCGGCCGGGCCCGGGCGCCGGCCGGGGACGGCUGUGCUGCGUGGAGCCCCUCGAGCGUCCCGGGCAGGGACUACCCGGCCGUGGGCCUGCACCUCUGGAAGGUGGAGAAGCGGCGGGUGAGCCUGCCCAAGGUCCUGUCCGCGCCCCCUGUGGCUGGCACUGCGUGCCAUGCUUACGACCGCGAGGUCCACCUCUGCUGUGAGCUGGCUCCCGGCUACUACCUCGCCGUCCCCAGCACCUUUCUGAAGGACGUGCCGGGACAGUUCCUGCUCCGGGUCUUUUCCAGCGGGAAGGUCUCGCUCAGCGCCGUCAAGACGGUGGCCCAGAACCCUGACCCUGGGGCGGCCCUGCCGGCGGGGGAGUGGGAGACCGUGCAGCUGCGGGGCUCCUGGAGGGCCGGCCAGACGGCGGGGGGCAGCAGGAGCUUCGCCUCCUUCCCCAGCAACCCCUGCUUCCCCCUCUUGGUCCCGGAGGGCGCGGGCCCCCGCUGCGUCCGGAUCACCCUGCACCAGCACUGCCCAGACGGCGACUGCCACCCCAUCGGCUUCCACGUCUUCCAGGUUCCGGUGGGCGGCGAGGGCCCGGGGGCGCCCCCCCUGCUGCUGCAGAAGCCCCUGGUGAGCUGCGUGCCGCACUCCCACGCCCAGGAAGUGAGCCGGGUCUGCCACCUCCCUGCGGGGACCUACAGGGUGGUGCCCUCCACCUACCUGCCAGACACGGAGGGCACCUUCACGGUGACCAUAGCGACGAGGAUAGACAGGCGCUCCAUCCACAGCCAGGAGAGGCUGGGGCAGCUGCUCCAGGAGGCCUCCUUUAGGGCGGUGAUGAAGAGCUGACCGGACGGCCCUGCACGCCUGCUCCGGGGGCUGGAGUCCUCGGGGCUCCCCCUGGC